ACCGCCACCCCGGCGCUCACGGGUGGGAGCUGCAGCUCCGUGGCCCCGGCUCCCCUCAGCGCGGCGACAUGGCGGGCGGCGGAGCGGCAUCCCCGCGGCGGCCGCUGACCCUGGCCGAGGUGGAGCCGGGCAGCGAGAACGAGCGGCUGGGGGUGGCCCGAGACAGCAUGUUGUGCAACCCGCGCAUACUCAAGGCAGAAUUGGGGAAGCCCCAGAGAAACUGCUACACCCUGCCAGGCUUUGAUUUUUCAUAUGGGAUGCACACCCACAGAACAGAUGGAGGAGUCCCUGAAGCAAUAGGCCACUGGAACACAGUAAAGCCCAGGACUUCCUUACUCCAGAAGAUGCCCCGGGACUUCAUCACCAUGAACCGUGGUGCUCUGAAGGCUGGUUACACCACAGCCCAUGAAUUUAAUUUGUACUACAAGGCCAAGGACAUUCGACUCAAAGAUGACAAACCCAGUCGCUUCAAGAAAUGUCCUCCUGAAGUACCUGCAGACUUCACUUAUGGCAUCACAGCACGGCCUUCCACUCCCUUUUUUGACCUCCUCCAACACAGAUACAAGGAGCUGUGGAUGGAGCAGCAGAGAGCCCUGACAGCAGCCCAGCGAGUUCAAGAGAAAAAGAAAAACAAAGUACGUGAAACUCGCACCACAUUUCUGCGAAAACACCCGCUGCCUGCAAAGAAAGAGUCCUUCUGGCACCUGCCCCAAUUUGAGAAGGUUGGGCCUCAUCUCAGUACUUUUCCAGACCGUGACGCUCAUAAAAAGGCGUCCAGUGCCUCCCAUUGAGAGCUGCCUGCCAGAUGUGAUCCCCUUCCCCAGAGCACCCACACACCGAGGACCACAGCACUGUGCUGGGCACCACCGCCCUUAGACCCUGUGCCAGCCAUAGGCUUUCUCUCCGGUUUUAAA